AUGUCGGAGCGCAUCCGUGAGAUUGUGGACGUCCCUGUGUCGUUCGUCCAGGAGGGCGUGCACUUCCUGAACCGGUGCACGAAGCCGGACCGCAAGGAGUUUAUCCAGAUUUGCCGCGCGGUCGGUACGGGUUUCGUCGUGAUGGGUUUCAUCGGCUACCUCGUAAAGCUGGUGCACAUUCCUAUCAACAACAUUGUACGUACUGUGGUGCUAGAGAACGUGUACUAA